AUGACAAGACUGAUGACUCUAUUGGUUGUGGCUGAUUCAAACCUCGUGAAGAAAUGGAAGAAACUGGAAGACGACGUCGUCAAUAUGGAGAUAUUAGCUCGAGACAAUAUAAUGUACCUGCAGUCGCUAGAAAAAUUUACGGAGCCACUCUAUCGUCUUAAACCGACAGAAAUUGGAGAGUAUUUACCAGGAUUAAUGUAUGCCCUUCGAAUGAUACAUUCAACAUCAAGAUUUUUCAAUAGCCAGCGAUUGUUAACAGCUAUAUUCGUCAAGAUCACGAAUCAAAUGAUACUCUCAUGCAAAGCCUACUUGACAGAAAAUGGAAGGCUGGACAUCUGGAGGGAUUCCAAGAGUCGAUUGAUAUCUCGUAUGAAGGACUGCAUCAAUCUCUAUGAUCAAUAUUACAAUAUUUGUAAAAAUGAAAUGGAGAAGACUGUGAACGAACUGGACGAGCGAUUGCCCUUCAAAAUAUCGCGAAUUUCUGUGUUUGGGAAGUUCGAUACUUUCAAACAACGUUUGGACAAAUUGAUCGAUGUUCUCGAGAUAAAUCUAUCCCACUCGAUUCUGCACAGCUCAACGAUCGAGGGAAUCGACGUAUUUGCAAAGAAAUUUUCAGUUAUUUUUCAAAAAUUGGUGUCUCAGAAAUAUGAUUAUCUGAACCAUAGAAAACUUGAUUUUAAUAUCGAUUAUGAGGAAUUUAAGAAGAGUAUUUCGGAAGCACAGGAAGAUCUCAGAAUUUUCACCUCGAAAAUCCUAUCCCUGGCCCCUAAUAUUGACGACGCCCUCGUAAUAGUCCUCAGAUUCCAAAAAUUAAAUCUCGAUUGCCUGUGGAUUGACUCACAAUACCUGAAGCUAGUGCCAAUGUACGAAUCGAAGAUCGAAUCGAUAAGAGACAUCUACAACGAGGAUCGAUCAUCUCCUGCGAUAGCCAGAAAUAUUCCCCCAGUGGGGGGUAGAAUUUUGUGGAUCCAACAACUGACCAGAUCCCUGGAAAAGCCAAUGGAAUUAUUUCGACUCCGUCGAAAAGUGAUAACAGACGACCACAUGCAAAGAUGCAUCAAAAUUUACAACGCACUCAUCAACGUAUUCACCCACUACGAAAUGAUCUACCACAAAGCCUGGUACAAUUCCGCGGCCAUUGUCCGUCUGGCACUGACCUCACCCCUACUACUGAAACACCCGAGAACUAAUCGAUACAUCGUUAAUUUCGAUCUGUACAUACAUCGAGUGUUCCGCGAGGCUGAGUACCUAUCGAGACUGAAUUUUGAGGUGCCUCCAUUCAUUCAGAUGACGAAUUUCUGCAAAGACAGGAUUGUCUUGUCCUUCGAAACUAUCAAGCAGUUGGUGGAGGAGAAUGACAGAGUGCGAGAAUCAGUACCUGAUCUAUUUUUGAACCUGAUGAAACCGGCAUUUGCUAGACUUCAAGGGGCCUUCCAGCCCUGUUUGUCGAUCGUCGUAUGGAAUUCCCUGGGAAUUUCACAGGUGUGCCAAAGUAUUCAAGAAGUCCUCCGGGACGUCGAGAUUUUCGUGAAGGAGAUCAGCGACAUAAAGGAAGCUCGAGUCGAUGAGAUAUUCCAGAGAAUUUCCGAAACAUCGAUUAUAAAAUUGGAUGAUCACGCCCUGAGUCCCGAACAAUUUGUCGUCGACAACGUGAAUUUUGGAAGCGCCGCGGGGAUCGACCUGGAGCUAAAAUCCGUGGCUGCUGAAAAAGCUGUGAUAACGAUAAUUAAUAAGUGCUUAGGGUUGAUUGCUUCGUCAGAGGUGCAGGAAGACCUGUACGAUUGGGUUAAUCCUGAGAGGAUGUCCAAGCUUGUGGGCCCCGAAAUGGGGCAUGGAGAGUGUGUGGAAGCAAAAUUCGCUGAUGUCGAUGUAUCUGCGCCAAUUAAUAUCGGUCGUAUCCACAAUGAUUCUAUGGACGUUUUUACUCAUUUUAACAAUAAACUCGUGGAGGCCUUAGUUAAGUGCACGAAGACAUCAUUGGAAAUGCUGAAGAAACGCGUUGGGACAUCAAGCAUCACUCUGAGAGACACCAGUCGUAGCUAUGAGGAAGUCCCCCUGCUCCGCACCCACUUUGUUCUGCAAAUACCUACGAUCACGAUAUCCCCCAGCAUUGAAAAAUUGCAAAGUUCAUUCAGUGAAAUGGUUAAAAAUCUACUCAUGAUACAUAUGGGGGUGAAGCAGUGGGGCCAGAGGGGGUCUCAUCGGGCCGAAAAGAGAGAUACACUCGGGACAGAGUUACUUGAUGAAGAAGACACGAAAGAAAUGAAAACCUAUUAUCAAACGAUAUCGGAUCACAAAGACAUCGUGCGGAGUACCAUAGCCCUUCAGGGAAUAGUCUCAAUGUUGAAAGGAGAUAUUAUAUUCAUCGCGAAUGACUACGUAAAGACCUAUUCAUACCUCUGGGGAGAGAAUAGGAACAGCGAGACAAGAUCUUUCGUCGAGAGUGAACCCAUCACCGAGGAGAUAAAAGAGGAAUUCCUAAAAUAUGAUGCACUGCACGAGGAAAUAAUAAAUCUGCCCCAACGUCACGUUAUUGGUUGUAUUGAAAUAGAUAUGGAGAAUUUGAAAGGAGCUUUACAAGUCGAAGUUGACUCAUGGAAAAGUGUAUUCAGUUCCAUAUUGAAUGACGCUUACAAACAGAAAGUAAGUAAAUUUAUAAAUUUUAUGAAGGAUACGACUGAAAUACUCGAGAGGAAGAUCAAUGAUCUGGAGGACGUCAGAAUAGCGAUGAAGUGUCUCAACGAAAUAAGAGAGAACUUCAUAGUCCUGGACAUAACUCUUGUCAACAUCGAAGAAACGUACGCAAUAAUGGCGAAUUUUAAUGUUCCUAUUGCCAAAGAGGAUCAAGACGCGGUUGACGGGCUUCGCUAUUCCUUCAACAACAUGCAGCAGAUGGCGAAAUCCGUCCAAACAAUGAUUUGCCAAAUGCAGGAGCCCCUGAAGCAACAGCUCAUGGAUGGAGUUCAGGUCAUGAAAGCCAAUGUUGAACAGUUUGACUACAAUUUUGAAGUUAAUGGGCCUAUGGUUGAAGGAAUACCAGCGAAGGAAGCUAGUGAACGGCUAAUCCUUGCACAAGCACGUUUUGACGAGCUAUGGGAGCGAUAUGAAACGUACAGUUCUGGUGAGGCACUUUUUGGAAUUGAAAUAACUCAGUAUCCAGCGCUCGAGAAUCGCAAGAAGGAAUUGAAUUUGUUGCAAAAGUUGUAUGGUCUGUAUCUCCAAGUGAUGCGAUCAAUCGACGGUUACUUUGAAAUUCAGUGGAGAGGAAUUGAUCUGGAGAACAUUGCAAAUGAACUUGUGGAGUUCCAGAAUAAAUGCCGAAAAUUACCCCGAGCUAUGUAUGAGUGGCCUGCUUACAUCGAUUUAAAACAAAAAAUCGACGAUUUCAACGAAAUUUGUCCACUGUUAACAUUAAUGGCGAACAAAGCGAUGAAAACUCAUCAUUGGGAUCGACUUUCCAAACUGUGUAAUCAUUUUUUCGACGUCGAGUCUGAAAGCUUCACCCUGGCUCAUGUAAUAGAAGCCCCAUUGCUCCAAUACAAAGAGGACAUUGAGGACAUUUGCAUAAGUGCUGUCAAGGAAAAAGACAUUGACAGUAAAUUGAGACAAGUCAUUGCCGACUGGGCUAUUGUCGAUUUACACUUUGCUAAUUUUAAACAACGGGGUGAACUUCUACUCAAGGGGACUGAAACUGGGCAAAUCAUAUCGCAGUUAGAAGACAGCCUGAUGAUUAUUAGUUCGCUGUUGGCCAAUCGCUACAAUGCCCUGUAUAAAAAAGAAAUUCAGUCGUGGCAGGACAAACUCAGCAAUACGGCUGAAAUACUAGCAAAAUGGCUGAUGGUUCAAAAUUUAUGGGCUUACCUUGAGGCUGUAUUUAUUGGAGGUGACAUUGCAAAACAACUUCCGGGUGAAGCGAAGCGAUUCAGCAUUAUCGAUAAAGCGUGGGUGAAAUUAAUGCACCGGGCACGAGACAAAUUGAAUGCUGUGGACACUUGUACAUCUGAUGAGACGAUGAGCCAGCUCUUGCCACAUCUCCUGGACCAGCUUGAGUCGUGCCAAAAAUCCUUGAGUGGCUACUUGGAGACGAAACGCGUCGCCUUCCCCAGGUUUUACUUCGUGUCAGAUCCUAACUUACUGGAGAUUCUGGGCCAGGCAGCGGACUGCCACAGCAUCCAGCAUUAUCUAGACGAAUUCUUCGACAACGUUGCCAAGGUCGACUUUUCAGAAGCAGAGACCGAUAAGAUAAUCGCCAUCUACUCACACGAAAAUGAAAAAGUUGUUCUUGAUAGAGAAGUGGCGUGUGUUGGUGGGGUGGAAAUUUGGUUGAAUGCUCUUCUAAAAAUGCAUCAGCAGUCUGUGGGGAGUGUCAUAUCACAAGGAUUACAAUUAUUGGAUACUCCUGAGAACGAUGUUUUCGCACUGAUAGACGAUGCGAUUCUCCAGACGGGGCUGUUAGCCAUUCAAACAUUAUGGACUCGUGACUCAGAGGUUGCGAUUCUAACGGCAAAGCGUGAUAGAACCAUAAUGAAAAAAACAAAUCAAUGGUUUUUGGAUUUGCUUAAUGGUUUAAUUGAAAUAACCGUGAAAGAUCUGACAAAAUAUGCAAGAGCGAAGUACGAGGCGCUCAUAACGAUCCAUGUGCACCAGAGAGAUAUCUUUGAUGACCUCUGCAAACAAAAGAUCCGAAGUAUCGAAGAUUUCGAGUGGUUGAAACAAGCUAGAUUUUAUUACGAUGAGCAGACAGAAGCUGUACUCAUCAAGAUCACAAAUAUCGACUUCAUUUAUCAAAAUGAGUUUUUGGGGUGUACGGAUCGUCUGGCUGUUACACCAUUGACGGACAGAUGUUAUAUAACUCUGGCUCAGGCAAUUGGAAUGAAUUUUGGAGGAGCUCCAGCCGGACCCGCGGGAACCGGUAAAACUGAGACGACGAAGGACAUGGGCAAGUGUCUUGGGAAGUAUGUCGUCGUGUUCAAUUGUUCAGAUCAAAUGGACUUCCGGGGCUUGGGUCGAAUAUUCAAGGGCUUGGCCCAAGCUGGAGCAUGGGGGUGCUUUGAUGAGUUCAAUCGCAUUGAUUUGCCGGUAUUAUCAGUCGCAGCGCAACAAAUAGCCAUUGUAUUGACUGCUCGGAAAGAGAGGAAAGCGACUUUCGUGUUUAGUGAUGGACAGACGUACCCAAUCGACAUGGAAUUCGGUUUAUUCAUCACGAUGAAUCCGGGAUAUGCCGGGCGCCAGGAGUUGCCAGAGAAUUUGAAAAUUCAAUUCCGAAGUAUAGCCAUGAUGGUACCAGACAGGCAGAUUAUCAUGAGAGUCAAACUGGCGGCAUGCGGAUUCAAGGAAAAUAUAUUGUUAGCAAGAAAAUUUUUUACUCUGUACAAAUUAUGCGAGGAACAAUUAAGCAAGCAAGUGCAUUACGAUUUUGGAUUGAGAAAUAUUUUGUCCUGUCUGCGAACUCUUGGAGCUCAGAAAAGAGCACAUCCAGAAGAAUCCGAGGAGACGACGCUCAUGAGGGUUCUUCGCGACAUGAAUUUAUCAAAAUUGGUCGACGAAGAUGAACCCCUGUUCCUGUCCCUCAUCGAGGAUAUGUUCCCAGGAAUGAAACUGUCAAGUCAAAUGUCCAAAGACUUGCAAAAGGGAAUCUCAAACGCUGUAGAAGCACUCGGCAUAAUUAAUCAUCCCGAAUGGAAUUUAAAAGUUGUUCAGUUGUACGAAACGUCUCUUGUUCGUCAUGGACUAAUGAUCCUGGGACCGACUGGCUCCGGAAAGACUUGUUGCAUGUGGUCACUCCUGAAGGCCAUGACGGAGAUGGGUAUGCCGCACAAGGAAGUACGCAUGAAUCCAAAAGCAAUAACAGCCCCUCAAAUGUUUGGAAGAUUGGACGUUGCGACAAAUGAUUGGACGGACGGAAUUUUUUCAACACUUUGGAGGAGAUCGACACAGAUGAAACAGGGAAAUCACUUGUGGAUUGUUCUUGAUGGUCCUGUGGACGCUGUCUGGAUUGAAAAUCUUAACUCCGUGCUCGACGAUAAUAAAACGUUGACUCUGGCUAACGGCGAUCGUAUUGUGAUGUCACCCAGCAGCAAAUUGGUUUUUGAGCCUGAUAAUGUUGAUAAUGCGUCGCCAGCGACAGUGUCACGCAUGGGCAUGGUGUUCGUCAGUGCUUCAGUCCUGAAGUGGCCGCAGAUAUUGGAGGGCUGGUUGAAGACCCGAUCGGAAAAUGAAAAAAAUUUAUUUCGCGGUAUAUUUCAUAAAAUAUACGGCGAGGCCUAUGAUUAUCUGCGAACGAAGCUCGAAGUGAAGAUGCUGUUACCGGAGGUCGUUUACAUCCGACAGUGCAGGGAUCUGCUGGUUGGUUUACUUCAGCAUGAUGAAUCACAUACAUUCACAGAUCGACAUUUGGAACGAUUUUUUUUAUUUUCGAUGAUGUGGAGCCUUGGGGCCGUUCUGGAGCUCGAUGGCAGAGCCAGACUACAAGAAUUUCUUAUCAGCCAUCCGUCGAAGUGCGAUUGGCCGAUAUUACGAGAAGACGACACAAUCUUUGAAUAUCUCAUCGCAAAAAAUGGAAAUUGGAUUCACUGGAGUAAAAUGGUUCCCAUUUUCAAUUAUCCAUCUGAUAAUGUGCUGGAUUAUCACAAAAUUCUGGUCCCCAAUAUCGAUAAUACAAGAACCAUGUUCCUGAUCAACCUGAUUGCCCAGCAACAGAAGGCGGUUCUUCUAAUUGGGGAACAAGGUACUGCUAAAACCGUGAUGUUGAAGUCUUUCAUGUCGCAUUACAAUUCUGAAAUACAUUUGAAGAAAUCCUUCAAUUUUUCAUCUGCAUCAACACCAAAUAUGGUCCAAAGAGUAAUCGAGAGUUACGUAGACAAACGGGUCGGCACAACGUACGGUCCUCCUGGUGGUAGAAGGAUGACUGUUUUCAUCGACGAUAUUAAUAUGCCAGAAAUCAAUGAAUGGGGCGACCAGAUCACUAACGAGUUAAUUAGACAGUUGAUGGAGUGUAAAGGGUUUUAUUCGUUAGAUAAGCCUGGAGAUUUUAAUACAAUCCAAGACAUGCAGUUCUUAGCAGCCAUGAUUCAUCCCGGUGGUGGAAGAAACGACAUUCCACCGCGUUUGAAACGUCAAUUCAAUAUUUUCAACUGCACCCUACCAUCUGCUAAAUCUAUGGACACUAUAUUUGGAUCAAUUGGUGAAGGAUAUUUCUGCGAAAGUCGUUUCUCCCCGGAAAUCGUUGAUUUCCUGCCGAAACUCGUCCCCCUGACAAGAACUGUCUGGCAACAAACUAAAGCCAAAUUGUUGCCCACUCCCUCCAAGUUCCAUUAUGUAUUCAAUUUGCGUGAUUUGUCUCGGAUAUGGGAGGGAAUAUUACGGAUUGAAAGUGCCGAGUGUAUCUCACAAAACGUUCUCUUGAAUCUCUGGGAUCAUGAAUGUACUCGGGUCAUUGCUGAUAGAUUUACUGUUGCGACGGAUAAAGAAUGGUUCAAAAAUACAAUGAAGAGCACGACCAAAAUACUUCUGAGGGAGGACAGUAAAUAUUAUGAUGGCAUCGAAACGUACUUCGCUAAUUUUUUGCGCGAAGCUCCAGAACCGACGGGAUUGGAACCGGAAGAUUUUGUCAUAGAAGAGCCGAAAAUUUAUGAACCUAUUCAAGGAUACGAAUUCGUAAUUUCAAAAGUGUACGAAAAGAUGGAACAGUUCAAUGAAUGCAUUCGUGGAAUCAAGCUCGACCUGGUUUUCUUCCACGACGCGUUAGUCCAUCUUCUGAGAAUCUCAAGAAUACUUGGGAUGCCACGAGGUAAUGCUCUGCUCGUCGGUGUAGGAGGUUCUGGAAAGCAAAGCUUGACACGUCUAGCAUCAUUCAUCGCUGGAUAUGAUUUCUUCCAAAUCGUGCUAUCGAGGACCUACAAUAUCAGUAGCUUAUUGGAAGACCUGAAGAAAUUGUAUUCCAAAGCUGUAACUGGAAAAUCUGGAAUAACUUUCAUAUUCAGCGAUAACGAAAUCAAAGAAGAAUCGUUUUUGGAGUACUUGAACAAUGUUCUAAGCGUUGGAGAAAUAGCGAAUCUCUUUCCUAAAGGAGAGCUAGAUGAAAUAUUACUUAGUCUGAUACCAUCUAUGAGAGCCAACGACCCAAAGACACCACCAACUCAGGACAAUCUCUACGAUUAUUUUAUUUCACAAGCACGAAAUAAUUUACAUGUCGCCUUGUGCUUUUCUCCAGUUGGUGGAAAAUUUCGUUCCAGAGCACUAAAAUUUCCCGGCUUGAUAUCCGGUUGUACCAUAAAUUGGUUUACCAAGUGGCCAAUGGAUGCUCUGUGCGCAGUUAGCAAACACUUUUUGGGAAAUUAUCAAUUUGUCACGACACAGGAGAUAAAAAAUGGACUCAUUGAAGUGAUGGCUGACAUUCACGAUGAUGUCAGGAAUGUUUGCGUUGAGUACUAUGAGCGCUUUCGUCGACAAACAUACGUGACAGCUAAAUCUUUUCUAUCGUUUCUCGAUGGCUACAAGGCCAUCUACAGACAACGAUUGGAUAACAUCAAUAUGCUGUCAUCAAGAAUGACCAAUGGCCUUCACAAACUCAUUGAUGCGGCAGAACAGGUUGAUGGUCUACGUAAAGUGUUGGAGAGAAAUCAAGAGGACAUUGCAGUCAAGAACGUACAAGUGGAGGCGAUACUCGAACGAGUGGACGAGAAGAAGCGAGAAGCCGAGGCGGUCAAAGCUGAUGUCCAGAAGUCUAAGGACGAAGCUGAGACACUUUUGAAAUUCAUAUCGAAGGACAAAGCAAACGCAGAAGAGCAACUAAAAGUCGCUGAACCGGCUCUUCUGGCUGCAGAAGCAGCUCUUCUAACAAUCAAAGGUGCGGAUAUUUCAACAAUUCGUAAACUCGGAAAGCCGCCGUAUCUCAUCACUCUUAUCAUGGACUGCGUCCUCAUUCUUUUCGGACGAAAAUUGAAUUCCGUGAAAGCAGAUUAUGAUCGACAGUUUUUAAUGCCCUCGUGGACAGAGUCGUUGAAAUUCAUGGCAGAUACGAGAUUUCUGUAUCAUCUUCAGAAUUUUCCUAAGGACAACAUCAACGCCGAGACUGUUGAUCUCAUGCGACCUUAUGCGCAGUAUGAAUUGUAUAAUUAUGAAGCUGCUAAGCAAGCGUGUGGUAAUGUUGCUGGAUUGUUGCAGUGGACACUUGCGAUGGCAGCGUUUUAUGAAAUUAAUAAGGAUGUCCUGCCACUGAAGGCUAACCUAGCCGUUCAACAAAGUAAAUACGAUAAGGCAAAUCAUAAUUUACGAGAGGCUGAGGCAAUUCUGAAGCAAAAGGAUGAAGACUUGCGAGUCGUUCAAAGUGAAUAUGAUGGUGUGAUGGCAGAACGUCAGGAAAUAGUUAAUCUCGCUGAUGCUUGCCAAGCAAAAAUGGAUACCGCCAGUGCUCUGAUCGAUGGUCUAUCUGGUGAGCGAAUUCGUUGGACCAAUCAACUGGCCAUAUUUCGAUCUGAAAUAGAGCGUCUCGUGGGUGACGCCGUCAUUUUAACAGCUUUUCUAUUUUACUCUGGACCGUUCAACCAAGAAUUUCGAUCACUUCUCCAGAAACACUGGUUUGAUUUCAUUCAGGGAAGGAAAAUACCCUUUUCCGUUGAUGUUAAUAUUCCUGAUGCGCUAUCGGACGUAGCGACGAUUAGCGAAUGGAAUCUUCAAGGUCUUCCCAACGAUGAAUUAUCGACUCAGAACGCUAUCAUUGUAACAAAAGCCUCAAGAUAUCCACUUUUGAUUGAUCCUCAACUGCAGGGAAAAGCGUGGAUUAAAAAUAAAGAGAGUCAGUUCGGAUUGCAGAUUACUAGCCUGAGCCACAAGUAUUUUCGCAAUCAUUUGGAGGACUCCGUCUCCAUCGGAAAUCCUCUGUUGAUUGAAGAUGUCAUGGAGGAGCUGGAUCCAAUUCUCGAUAAUCUACUAGAUAAAAAUUUCUUGAAAAUCGGUACAUCCCUGAAGGUGAUACUAGGUGAUAAAGAGGUCGAUGUGAAUAAAGACUUUCGUCUCUAUAUCACAACGAAAUUUCCUAAUCCGUCUUAUACACCUGAGAUAUUCGCUCGGACUUCAAUGAUAGAUUUUUCCGUUACGAUGAAAGGUCUUGAGGAUCAGCUUCUCAGUCGAGUUAUAUUAGCUGAAAAACGAGAAUUGGAAACCGGUAGAACGAAACUGGUAACAGAUAUCACGGUGAACAAGAGAAAAAUACAAGAGCUAGAGGCGAAUCUAUUGCAUAAAUUAACAACUGUUCAGGGAUCCCUUCUCGAUGAUGUCGAGCUCAUGGCAGUUCUCAGCACCACCCAGAAAACAGCUGCUGAAGUAACUAUGAAGCUGAACCAAGCACGAGACACCGAAAUCAAAGUCAAUAUUGCAAGGGAAGAAUUUCGAAGUGUCGCAACACGAGGCAGUGUUCUUUAUUUCUUGAUUUGUGAUAUGUCAAAGGUGAAUUGUAUGUAUCAAACGUCACUAGUGCAGUUCCUGGAGCGUUUUGAUUUAUCGUUGAUAAGAUCCGAAAAAAGUCCGGUGAUUGCGAGAAGAAUAAACUCAAUAAUCGAAGAACUGACUCUCGAAAUAUACAGAUACACAGCUCGUGGACUGUAUGAAAAUCACAAAUUCAUGUUUCUUCUGCUGAUGACUCUGAAGAUCGAUCUUCAACGGCGAUCGAUCAGCCACGAAGAAUUUGAAUACUUCAUCAAAGGCGGUGCAGGUCUAGAUCUCAGUGUUGUCAGACCUAAACAGUGCAAAUGGAUAACGGAUAAGACUUGGCUGAAUCUGGCAGCACUCGCCUCUCUGCGUCAAUUCCAAUACAUUCUGUCGCUCAUCGAAGCGUCUGAGAAACUCUGGAAAAAUUGGUAUGACAAGGAAGCACCUGAGGAGGAAAUUAUACCCGAUGGUUUCAAUAAUUUGGAUUCAUUUCGUCGCUUGCUAUUUAUAAGAGCCUGGUGCAUGGACCGAACUUUAUCGCAAGCCCGCAAAUAUAUAAUUGACUCUCUUGGACCCAAUUAUGCUGAUCCUGUAAUAACAAUUCUAGACUCCAUGUACACUGAAUCACGCCCAACAACACCUAUGAUUUGUUUCCUAAGUAUGGGCACUGACCCAACACCGACUAUUGUACAGCUAGCGAAAAAAAUGGAAAUACCCUGCAAAUCAAUUUCAAUGGGACAGAGCCAGGAAGUUCAUGCUAGAAAAUUAAUGAGCACAGCUGAGACUGAAGGUUUUUGGGUCUUGUGCCAGAAUUGUCACCUCAGUAUUGAUUACAUGAACGAGUUAGUGAUUUUUAUUCAGGAAAAUCAACCGUCACAUCCCAACUUUCGUAUCUGGAUGACCACAGAACCGCGUUUACUCUUUCCAAUAUCUCUUCUGCAAAUGUCGAUUAAGUUCACGUAUGAGCCCCCACAAGGUGUACGUGCCGGAUUACUCGCUACAUACAGUAACAUGAAUCAAGAAAUGCUGGAUCAGUGUGAUGCUCGACAAUAUAUUCCUCUAGUCUACGCAAUUUCAUUUUUACAUACUGUCGUGCAAGAGAGACGUAAAUUUGGACCGCUGGGAUGGAAUAUUCCCUAUGAAUUCAAUUCCACGGACUGGCUCGCAACCUGUAUGUUCAUUAAUACUCACUUGAACUACUCUGAUCCGAAGCGAGGAAUCGGUUGGCAAACUAUUCGAUAUAUGAUCGGUGAAGUCCAAUAUGGUGGCAGAGUAACUGAUGAUUACGAUAAACGUUUACUAAAUACUUUUACGAAAGUUUGGUUCGCCGAUUCACUUUUCAACGAAGAUUUUGUUUUUUAUAAGGGCUAUACUGUUAUCAAUUUCAAAAACGUCACUGAAUAUUUGACCGCUAUUGAUUCGAUGCCUGCUGUUGAUCCACCGCAGAUUUACGGACUUCAUCGAAACGCUGAUAUCACUUAUCAGAGCCGAAUCAUUCAAGACGUCCUGGAUACCGUAAUUUCAAUUCAGCCGAAAGGAUCGACCGGAACAGUCGGCGAGACGCGAGAGGGAAAUGUAUUGAAACAGGCGAAGGAAAUGCUGGACAAAUUACCCCUCCCUUUCGAUCCCUUUUACAUUAAAGCUAGACUUCAGGCCAUGGGCAUCACUGAAUCGAUGACUAUAUUUCUUAAACAGGAAGUGGAUCGUAUGCAAAUUUUGUUGAAAAUUGUGCGACUGACGCUGCAAAAUCUACUUCUAGCGAUUGAAGGUGUCAUCAUUAUGAAUGAGGAUUUGCGUGAUACCCUUGAUAAUAUAUACGAUGCCAGGAUUCCCAGAAUAUGGCGUUCACGCUCCUGGGAUUCGUCGACCCUUGGAUUUUGGGUGACAGAAUUAUUGGAGCGUAAUCAACAGUUCUCGAAGUGGAUAACCAUCAGUCGACCGGAUUCAUUCUGGAUGACUGGAUUUUUUAAUCCUCAAGGAUUUUUAACUGCCAUGCGGCAAGAAGUAACGCGUGCACACAAGGGAUGGGCACUCGAUACUGUUACCCUCUACAAUGAAGUGACAAGACACAUGUUCGAGGAGAUCAAGAGUCCACCGAACGAGGGGGUUUACGUGCACGGACUUUUUCUGGAGGGAGGUGGCUGGGACCGACGUAAUAAUCGCCUGAGAGAAUCACUGAAUAAAAUCCUUCACGUUGAAAUGCCAGUAAUUCACAUCACCGCAGUGAGCGGCAAAGCAGCAAAAGAAGUGAAAUUAUUAUACGAGUGUCCUGUGUACAAGAAACCGAUGAGGACGUAUGUCACCUUCAUUGUGUCUCUGAUGCUACAGACUAACAGACCUCCGGAAUUUUGGAUCAUUCGAGGGGUUGCAUUACUCUGCGACAAUAAGUGAUUGUUGGAGUCAUUAGGACGUCGUUUAAUAACAUUAAACGGGAUCUGUGGAGUAUUUUGCAAAAAUUUCGCGCUUGAAGGAGUCAAAUUGUUUUCUAUUGAAUAUAUUCUGUCGCUCUCUCCAGCCGGGACGAUUUUUUCUUGAUUGCAAACCCCAAUGUACUGUAAACACCGGUGA